CUCUUGCCUGUGGGCAUUCAACAAGUAAUUAUUGUUCACUGCCCUGUGAGCAGCACUGUAGAAACAGUAAUCAAAUGUAACACAGCAUUUUAAAACGCUUUGCAUGAUCACAUUCUUACCAAUCAUUUCUUUUUAAAACUUUGCAGGUAGAUGGACUAUAAGGUACUUGCCCAACAAACCACUCAAGAUAUUUUAGGUUACAGUCAAGAUACAUCAGGCUGGAAAGUGGCUAAAUCUUCAAAAAAAAUAACUGUUUCUAGUAAGCCUUCUAAAACAUUCCAUGGAAAUAUAUAUCGUGUUGAAGGAAUAAUUUCAGAAUCAACAUCUAAACUAGCUGAUUUCCUCUACAAGCCUGAAAUUAGAAUUAAAUGGGACAAAUCAUUGAAAGUGUACAGUAUGAUACACAAGAUUGAUUCGGACACAUUCAUAUGUCAUGCCAUUACACAAAGUUUUGCCAUGGGCUCAAUUUCCCCCCGAGACUUUGUCGACAUAGUGCACAGCAAGUGCUAUGAAGGGAAUGUGUAUGUGAUCAGUUCUAAAAGUGUGGAUUUUCCAGGAUAUCCUCCAUCUUCACAUUACAUCCGUGGUUAUAACCAUGCUUGUGGCUUUGUCUGUUCACCUCUGAAAGAUAAUCCAGAGCAUUCCAAAGUAGUGAUGUUUGUCCAGACAGAAAUGAGGGGGAGAUUGUCCCCAUCAAUAAUUGAAGCAACUAUGCCUUCCAACUUAGUGAACCUCAUCCUCCAUGUAAAAGAUGGAAUAAAGACACACAAAGCUCCCCCAGAACGUGGACGUCAUCAUAGCUGCCACUCGCUCCGUAAGAAGAAAUGAGGCUGUUGAUAAUGAGGCCAUAUAAAAUCAUGUGUAGCAGUUACUGCAGUUUACUUCUAAGUCAAUAUGCAUAAUGACUGUUAAACUACUCUGGACAGUACUCUUGUACACAUUACUGAAGGUACAUUGUGGAAAUGAGAACUCAUAGUCAUACAAGAGAACAGUCUUAAAUAUAGUUUUGAAUCGCAUAUAAGACUGAUGUUCAAUAACAAGUGUUUUUUGUUUUAUUUUUUUUAAAUUAUAUUUUUAUUGAUUUCAGAGAAGAAGGGAG